GUUUUAACAACAGUUGCCAUGGAGACAUGGUCGCGAGCGUUUGAUAUACACGUGAUCUAAUUUAACUUGAAAUAUAUUAUAAACUUAAUUAAGCUGUGUAGUAAAAUGUCUGAGUCUGGGGUUUUAAAGGUCUCAUACAUUUUCCCAAAUGGAGACAAAUAUGAGGGCGAGUGCUAUCAGACCUCAGACGGCGUGAUGAUGAGGUCUGGUUUCGGCACACAGACCUCAUCCUCUGGGACGACGUACACCGGAGAGUGGAGCGAUGAGAAGAUGACCGGCAGCGGGACGCUCUCGCACCCCUCAGGAGGCGUGUACAAAGGCCAGUUCAGAGACAACAUGUACCACGGCAGAGGAACAUACUACUUUCCUGAUGGGACCAAAUACUCUGGAACGUUCAGUAACAACAGACUUGAAGGUGAGGGUGAGUUUACUGAUCUGAAGGGAUUCGUGUGGACUGGACACUUCCACGGAAAAGCAGCAGCAGGGCUCCAACUAAAACUUAAUAUAUAACACACACACACACACACACACACACACACACACUUUCUGUCCUUAUAGGGACUGUCAACUGAGAUAAUGCAGCUAAUUAACAUUAUCCUAAACUUAAAUUUAACCCUAAUGGUAAUAUAAUUUGCUUGUGUACACACACACACACACACACACACACACACACACACACACACACACAGCUGAGCUCAUGACUGCAGUAAGACCGAGUUGUGUAACACCAGACAUGAAAGGUUCUCACAUGGAGAAGAAGGCCACAUGAUAUUAUUUUUGCAUUUGUUUCAUGUUAUUUUUUUGGUUUGAUGAAUGUUAAUUUAAACACAAACCAAUAAUCAACACAACAAUCUGUCACACUGUUCAGUCAGAA